GGCGGGCAGGCUAGGCACCGAGCCUGAGCGAAAGUUCGCAUCGAUUGCAAGUGCGUAGCGAUUGCUUCUGUCUGUUGUUUAGGUAUGGCGCCCGCGAGGAAGCUAAGAGGCGGCGGGAACCAGGGUCGGGGUCUCGCUCUGCGUUGACUGCGACCCAGGGCCUAGUGGGCCAUGGGGGAGCCAGGCUCCUUGUUAACUGGGGACCGCACCCAUGGCCGGAGCUGGUGUUUGCGGCGGGUGGGGAUGAACGCCGAGUGGCUGCAGUUAGAGGAUGGCGGCGAGGUGACUAUAGGGCGAGGAUUUGGCGUCACCUAUCAGCUGGUAUCAAAAAUCUGCCCUCUGAUGAUCUCCCGAAACCACUGUGUCUUGAAGCAGAAUGCUGAGGGCCAGUGGACAAUUAUGGACAACAAGAGUCUGAAUGGUGUUUGGCUGAACAGAGAACGUCUAGAACCUUUCAAGGUCUAUUCUAUCCAUAAGGGAGACCAUAUCCAGCUUGGGGUGCCCCUGGAAAAUAAGGAGAAUGCAGAGUAUGAAUACAAUGUUACUGAAGAAGACUGGGAAAGGAUGUAUCCUUGUCUUGCCCCAAAGAAUGUGCAGAUGAUAGAAAAGAACAAAGGCUUGCGAACUAAAAGGAAAUUUAGUUUGGAUGAAUUAGAGGGUCCUGGAGCUGAAGGCCCCUCAAAUUUGAAAUCCACGAGUAAAGUACCUUGUGAACCUGGUCAACCAGUGAAGUUACAUGGGAAAAGUGAAGUGGCCAGUCAACCCCCUGAAUGUUUGGAUCCUAAGUUGACUUCCCUUGAGCCAAGUGAGAAGACCUCAGGGCCUAAUACUUACCCCGGCCCCACAAAAGUUAUAGAGCAUCUUAAUAAGAAGCAGAAAGCCUCAAACCCUUCAGCAUCUCAGAGCAGCUUGGAGCUGUUUAAGGUGACCAUGUCCAGGAUUCUGAGGCUGAAAACACAGAUGCAGGAGAAACAGGUAGCUGUUUUGAAUGUGAAAAAGCACACCCAGAAAGGGAACUCAAAGAAAAUUGUGAAAAUGGAGCAGGAGCUGCAAGACUUACAGUCCCAGCUGUGCGCAGAGCAGGCCCGACAGCAAGCCAGAGUGGAGCAGCUGGAGAAGACUUUCCAGGAGGAGGAACAGCAUCUCCAGGAUUUGGAGAAAGAGCAAGGAGAAGAGGACCUGAAGCAACAGCUGGCCCAAGCUCUGCAGGAGCAUCGUGCUCUAAUGGAAGAACUAAAUCGCAGCAAGAAGGACUUUGAAGCAAUCAUUCAAGCCAAAAACAAAGAAUUGGAGCAGACUAAGGAGGAGAAAAAUAAAGUGCAGGCACAGAAGGAAGAAGUUCUUAGCCAUGUGAACGACGUGCUGGAGAACGAGCUUCAGUGCAUCAUUUGCUCCGAAUACUUCAUCGAGCAAAGAGACUGUCCUGAAGACCAUGCUCCAGUGGCACUUGAAAGACUGCCAGGCAGUGGGAACUUAGGGUGGUCUGGAGGAUUCUCUCGGGAUGGAUCUUGGGCCGCCCUGGCACAGAGCAUGGGAUAGCGCCACGUGGGACAGAGCUGAGUUGGAAGUCCUCCAUCUUGAGCUUCUGUGUUGGCCAGUCCUGCUGCCACCGUUCUCUGAAGCACCACCAGUACACCCCACCCUGACUGCUUUGGGGUACUCGUGGACUGCCUCGUCUCAUGUAAAGAGGGUUGUAUAGUUCUGUUCUGUAUUUUCAGUUUGUUGUUACUGUCUUGGUACCUCAGGGGCACCUCUGUUGAUGUUUGUCUUAGACAGGUUGGAUGUGCCCUCCUCUCUGCCCCUGGAAGCCAAGGCAGCCUCUGUUUGAGAGGAUGACAUACCUCUUUUUGUGAAAACAAGAUGUCGUUUCCUGGAAAUAAAAUGUAAAAGCUAUCAGUUGCUCA